AUGGCAGAAGCUGAAGCGCCUUGUUCAUUCUCUUGGCGUAAGAUGAAGAUUAUGGAAUAUUCUUAUGAUGAUUCGAAUAUUAACGAGUGUGAUGUGGAUGCGGCACAGAAGCUCAUGGAACUAAGCGAUGAAGAGAAGAGCAAGAGAAAGAACAAGAGGUUUAGAAGGUGGAGUGAAGUGGAAGAAAAGCAUGACGAUAUUGUAAUGGCAAAGAUACAAGAGAUAUUUGGAAAAGAUGUUGAGGUUUUUCCUAUGGUGAAGAAGCAAAGGAGAUAUCGUUCUCUUGUGAAUAUUUACAUGUCUACAACACCUGUUACUGAUACAAGGGUGAGUGCUUAA